AUGGCAGAUGAAGCAAUUUCCUUAACAUGAAAAAAAGAUAUGUGGGCUCUCAUUGUCGCUGUGGGUAAUUAAUUAAUGGCAAUAGUGAUGUUUGCCAUAUUUGACUUACUGUUGAUAUUAAAUUUUAAUCUUUUGCAAUUUAUAAUAGAGUAGUCUCGCCGCCCAGGCCAUUCCCCAGCCUACAGUCACUGGGGUGGACGGCGGGGAAGAGUCUGGUAUUUUGACUUACCUGCCCUUGUUCCGUGGAAGCCACACAAAUACCACACUUUUAUGAUUUGGUCACAUGAAAUGGGAGGAGUAGAAUGACGUGUGCGAAACACGUGUUUCCACGUGUCUGUAAUGGGAGUCUAUGGAGGUGACAGCAGCUGUUCAAAAAGCUGGGGAAAUCUUUGGAUAUACAAGUUUAAAGGAAGAACAACUGUUAUGUAUGACUGCAUUUAUUGAGGGAAAUGAUGUUUUUUGUAUAUUGCCAACUGGGUAUGGUAAAACUCUUUGUUUUGCCUGCUUACCACAAGCAUUUGACUUACUACAUGACAAUAAUGAAGACUCAAAGUCAAUUAUUAUAGUGGUUAGUCCUUUGACUGCCUUGAUUAAGGAUCAGGUUGAAGCAUUACGAAAAAGGAAGAUAAGUGUCGGUUAUAUUGAUUCUGAAAAUGAAAAAUAUGUGAUUAGUGAUGUAAUUAAGGGGAAGUAUAGCAUUGUUAUGAUGGGUCCUGAAAUGUUGAUGGGAAAAUGGAGAGGAUUACUUGCAUCGAAUAAGGUGUAUCAGAAGAGGCUUGUAGGUAUAGUGGUGGAUGAAGCUCAUUGUGUAGUGAAAUGGGGAUUGACUUUUUGAGAGUGUUUUGCAAGAAUUGGAGAGCUCAGAAGCUUGAUGGAAAGAAAUAUUAAAAUAAUGGCUUUAACAGCAACAGCAACAAACGAAUUAAGGAAAAAAGUUUCUGCACUUUUGUGUAUAAUAGAGCCAUAUGUAAUUGCACUGUCUCCCGAUAAGGCUAAUGUCCUGUAUGCAGUUCGUGAAGUAGGAGAAUAUAGUGUCAUAUUUCGCUAUAUUCUGAUGGAGAUUACAACCAAGCGUACUUUAUUACCAAGGAUUAUAAUAUUCUGCAAGAAUAAAGGAGAUUGUGGACGUCUGUAUACUUACUUUAAAGCUAACAUGGGCCAAGAAUUUACUGAUCCUCCAGGGGCUUCUGAACAACUACCAGACCACCGGCUUAUAGAUAUGUACUUCCAAGGAACAGAACCAGCAGUGAAGGAUAUGCCAUUCUUAAGAAUU